UCCAACUUUCAAGUUGACAAAUAUUUGGUGUUUUUGAUUCUCUUCUUUUUUAUGAGGCUGGACUGUUUACAUCCCAAUUUGAGGGAAUGAAGCAGAUUGUUGAUUUAUCUGUUGGUGAUUGCAACUCUCUUACCUCCUUACCUUUUAGUAUACUGCCCAGCACCUUGAAGACAAUAUGGAUAUAUCAUUGCCGGGAACUGAAAUUGGAGUCGCCGGUUGGUGAGAUGAGUUAUUGCAACAUGUUUCUCGACGAUUUGACAUUGGAAGAAUGUGAUUCUAUAUCACCUGAGUUGCUCCCAAGAGCACGCACUUUGUGGGCAAUAAGUUUCCCCAACCUUACAAGGUUUUUAAUUCCUACUGCCACUGAAGCUCUCUCUAUUUGGAGUUGUGAAAAUCUGGAGAAACUUUCAGUGGCAUUUCCGUCUGCGAUAACGUAUUUGCAUAUUGACGACUGUUCGAAGCUGAAGUGGCUGCCAGAACAGAUGCAGGAACUCCUUCCAUCUCUUAAGGAACUAAUUCUGGAAAAUUGUCCAGAAAUAGAGUCAUUUCCUGAAGGAGGAUUGCCCUUCAAUUUACAAAAACUUGAGAUCCUUCAUUGCAAGAAACUAGUCAACAGCCGAAAGGAGUGGCGUUUACUGAGACAUCCCUGUCUCAGAGAUUUAGUGAUCGAACAUGAUAGCAGUGACAAGGAUAUUGAACAUUGGGAGUUGCCUUGCUCUAUUCGACAGCUUACCAUAGGCAAUCUGAUAACAUUAAGACCCCAAGUUCUCAAAAGCCUCACCUCUCUUCAAUAUCUAUGUAUUGAGGGUAAUUUACAUCAAAUUCAGUCAAUGCUGGAACAAGGCCGGUUUUCCUCCUUUUCGCACCUCACUUCGCUUCAAAGUCUACACAUUAGGAAUUUCCCUAAUCUCCAAUCACUUUCCCAAUCAGCACUGCCCUCCUCCCUCUCUCAGCUGACCAUCCAGCAUUGCCCUAAUCUCCAAUCAUUUUCCGAAUCAGCACUACCCUCCUCCCUCUCUCAGCUUACCAUCCAGCAUUGUCCUAAUCUCCAAUUACUUUCCGAAUCAGCACUGCCCUCCUCCCUCUCUGAGUUGACCAUCCAGGAUUGCCCUAAUCUCCAAUUACUUCCAGUAAAAGGGAUGCCCUCUUCCCUCUCUAAACUAUAUAUUUAUGACUGCCCAUUGCUCAAACCACUACUAGAAUUUGACAAGGGGGAAUACUGGCCAAAUAUUGCUCAAAUUCCCAUCAUAGAGAUCGAUCAGGAAUUCCCGUGAUGAUAAAACGAAUGGCUCUCCA